CCAAGAAAGGCCCACCAAGAAAAAAGAAAAAGAAAGAGCAUAAAACUCGAGACUCAAAAGAGCCAACUUGCCACCUUCUUCUCUAAACAUCUCCCCCAAAGCUAGAGGAAAGCAGAGAAAAAACCCUCAAAGAUUCUUGAUUUGGCCUCUCGUCUCUUCUCUUUCUCUAGCCCAAAUGCUGUGAAGAGCAGAAGGAGCCAAGAUUUUAGCAAGAUGAUACAGUCAUGUUUCAGCAAUCCGAGCGCCGCCGCGGCCGCCGCCGCCUGCCAGUCCCCCCAAAGCCUCAUCACCUCCGUAUACCAGACCCACCUCCUCAACUCGCCCACACACCUCACGCUCACCUGGUCAAGAACCGUCUCCUCCCACAUGCUCACCAUCCACUCGUCGCCCCACCUCUUCUCCCUCACCAUCUCCCUCCAGCCUCCGGCUUUCUCUCUCUUCAGGAGCCGGCCCGGGUCCAAAUCCGUGCACCUCACCCCCCACCACCACAACCACAACCACGUGAAGAUCAAGGUCCACUGGGACUUCACUCGGACCGAGUUCGCUCGCGGCUCGGCCGAGCCCGAGUCGCGCUUCUACCUCUCCCUCACAUGCAAUGGCAAGCUGGAGUUCUACCUCGGCGACCUUGACGGUGAGCACGCUCGGCGGCACGGGCUGGCCUCGGAGCGGCAGCUCGCCGAGCCGGCGACGCUCCUGUCGCGGCGAGAACACGUGUUCGGCAGCCGGGUCUACACCUGCACGGCUCACUUCUCGGGGUCGAAGCACGAGAUCACCAUAGAGUGCAGUGGAGGCGUGUUGAAAGUGAAAGUUGACGGAGAGACGAGCUUGGUGGUGAAGAGACUGGCGUGGAAGUUCAGAGGGAACGAGCGAAUCACAAUCGGCGCCACUGAGGUCGACUUCUUCUGGGACGUGUUGAAUUGGGUAGGCAACAUAACCGCGGGCGAGAUCGGGAACUGCGGGUACGGAGUGUUUGUCUUCCAAGUGGGCGAUUGCGGAGUGAUAUGGCCGGAGAUGGUAGGGCCGGAGAAGAAGCUGAUGAGGAAGAGCAAAUCCUCGCUGGUAAAUCCCGCCAAGGCGCAGAAGCCGGCGACGUUCUCGCCAGCGUCGCCGUCGUGCUCGAGCGUCUUGCAGUGGGCGGAGGAGAGCGGCAGCAGCGACGGGAGCAGUAGGAGCUCUUGCUGCUCAUCGUCCACGAGGUCAAGCGGGAGUGGCACCGGAGGGUUCUCUUUGAUGGUGUAUGCUUGGAGGAGUGAGUGAAUUGAUUCUUGAGAUUUCUUGUUUCUUGUUUUUUUGCUUAUCUUUUGGCGAUUAAUUGAUUUUAUGUGAAAAUAAUAUUGCUAAUGUUUUGUGAGAUAAGCCUGUUGUGAACUUGUGAAUAGAACAAUCUCUUCCUCCUGCAUUUUCGCCACCUUGUAACUUUGCGUCGCUAUGGUUCUUUAGCUUCCAUUGUAGUAGUCAAGAUUUGGGAUCAAGAGAUGCCACAUUCGGAAGAAAACUAA